UUCGUGGAAAUCCAAGCAAAACAGAAGUCUGAAAUUGGCCAAGAAUAAUAAUUCCUGGAUCGAAACAGAAGGUUCCUCGAACAAGUGAAAUAUAAGAGAAGAAACGCAUAGAAAAUUGUAGCCACAAACUCUGGAAAAAAUAUCUCGACUUGACUUUGACCUUGCUUUCUUACCGGUUUAGGGCGAGCAUGUGAGAAGCAAAGCAAAUUGUUUGUCAUUUGACUCAUUUCUCAAAUCUGAACCACUGCAUUCCAUAGCCCUUCAAUCACUCCAAUGAAGCCAUCGUCAUCACCCUCAUUGCCGCGGCCAAUGAAGCUGCGGCCAGUGAAGCUGCGGCCGCCUCAGCCACUGCCGCCGCCGCCGCCGCCGCCGCCAUCCCCAUGGCCGUCCUACGAUGUGUUCUUGAGCUUCAGAGGUGAAGACACACGAAGGACCUUCACGGACCACCUCUACGCGGCACUAGUUCGUGCGGGAGUCAGCACGUUUAGGGAUGCCGAGGGUCUAAGAAGGGGAGAACACAUAGAAACGGAAUUGGUGCGGAUAAUCCAAGGGUGUAGGAUCUCUCUCAUCGUCUUCUCAGAAAAUUACGCGGAUUCGAGGUGGUGUCUCCAGGAGCUGGUACACAUCAUGGAGUGUAGAAAAACACAAAGGCAACGGGUUUUCCCAAUAUUCUAUCAUGUCGAUCCUUCACAUGUCAGAAACCAGACCGGUAGUUUUGGCAAGCCAUUUGAGAAACAUGAAGCCACAGUACAUCAAGGUAGAGAUAAGAUAGCUAGGUGGAGAGCUGCUCUUAGAGGAGCCGCGGAUUUGGCUGGCUUCGAUAUUGCUGAUAGGCAUGAAGCAGAGUUUAUCAAUAGCAUUGUUGACGAGAUAUGCAGUCAGCUGACCACCCCAUACUUGAAUUUAGCUGUCUACCCAGUUGGAAUAGAGUCUCGUGUUGAAGAUAUUAGCAAGUGUUUAGGUGUUGGAUUAGAUAAUGAUGUUCGCAUGGUUGGAAUUUGGGGUAUGGGCGGAAUUGGGAAAACAACAGUUGCCAAAGCCAUCUAUAACAAAUUUUAUCAUGACUUUGACAGUAGAAGUUUCCUAGCAGAUGUUAGGGAAACAGCAAAGGACUCAAGUGGUAAGAUUGCUCUGCAAGAAAGACUUCUUUCUGAUGUCUUAAAACCAGCCAAGAUAGUGGUAGGUGAUGUUUCCAGAGGCAUCAAUGUGAUCAGACAACGACUUAGAAGCAAAAAGGUACUUGUCAUUGUUGACGAUGUAGAUCGUGAGGACCAAUUGAAUGCAUUGGCAAUAAGGCGUGAGUCCUUUGGUCCGGGAAGUAUAAUUGUCAUAACAACAAGAGAUCGACAUUUGCUAGAACUAGUGAAAGUGGAUACAAUACAUCGGACUCAAGAAAUGAAUGAAAAAGAAGCUCUUGAGCUCUUCAGUCGGCAUGCCUUUCAAAAUUAUUCUCCUGAUGUAGACUAUUUCGAACUCUCAGGAAGAGUGGUUCGUUAUUGUGGAGGUUUACCGCUGGCUCUUGAAGUUUUAGGGUCUUUCCUCUUCAGAAGGAGCAUAGAAGAUUGGAAUAGCACACUGAAGAAAUUGGAAAAAAUUCCUGAUGGCACAAUUCAGUCAAAGCUCAGAAUAAGCUUUGAUGCACUUGAGGAGUGGCAGAGGCACAUAUUCCUCCACAUAUGUUGUUUCUUCAUUGGAAUGGACAAAAACCAUGUCAUAAAAAUACUGGAAGGCUGUGGUCUUGCUGCAGGUGUAGCAAUUAGUGUCCUCUCUGAACGUUGCCUCGUAACUGUUAAUGAAAAAGACAAGGUAAUGAUGCAUGAUUUGCUUCGAGACAUGGGCAGAGAAAUUGUUCGUGAAGAAUCCCCGAACCACCCUGAAAGACGUAGUAGAUUGUGGCGUCAGGAAGAUGUAAUAGAUGUUUUGAGAGAUGAAUCUGGAACUGAAGAGACUGAAGGACUCGCUCUAAAUUGGCAAAGAUCAUCUCGCAUCUUGAAUGUGAGUAUAGGAGCAUUUAGAAACAUGAGGGGACUGAAAUUGCUCCAACUCAAGUAUGUACUACUCACUGGAGACUGCAACAAGCUUCCCAAAAAGUUAAGAUGGCUCUGCUUGCGAGGAUCCUCUCUAUAUGGCUUUUGGGAUGCAAGUUACCUGGUUUCUAUGGACCUGCCGUACAGCGAAUCUUUUCCUUCCCUGGUUUCUAUGGACCUGCGGUACAGCGGAUAUUUUCCUUCUGAUAUAUUAUGGCGGUUUGGGAGAUUGGAGAUACUUAAUCUCAGUCAUUCACAGCACCUAACAACAUCACCAUACUUUUCACAAGUCCCAAAUCUACAGUAUUUGAUCCUUAAAUACUGUGUGAAUUUGACAGAGAUUCACAGGUCCAUUGGACUUGUUUCUCAACUUGCCUUGCUAAAUCUUAAAGGCUGCACUAAGCUCAAAUACCUUCCGGAGGGUUUUUAUAUGUUGCGUUCUGUUAGGAGUCUUGUUCUUUCUGGCUGUUCGAAAUUUGAGAAAUUGAGCAAGCAUAUAGGAAAAAUGGAUUCUUUGAGAACUCUUGUUAUAAGUGGCACAGCCAUAAGUGAAGUACCAUCCUCUAUAGAUAAGAUGAGGAACCUGGACUUUUCAUCUCGACAAGGCCUGAAGGGACUAAAACGAUUUACCCAGGACGAGACAUCAGGACCUAGCGAGGAUGAGACAGCACGACCUAGGCAGCGUUUGAGGAGCUUGUAAGCUUCUUAAAGUUUAAGGAAUGGACAAGCUGGUGUUUGGUAUAAGUUGAAAACACUUGCUUUUCUAUUAAGUCGAGGCUUUUUUAGAGCCAUAAGCAGAGCUGCAGAAGCCAAUGAAGAGUAACUUAAUGGGAAGCGGCUUAUCCAGUUAUCCUACUGUAGCGGAACAAAGUAAAUGAAACUCUAAAAAUACCAGCUCAGCGUCUCAUCCAUUUCUCUUUGUGAUAUCCUACUGCGCGACAGAUCUCGCCGACUCAUCUCACUCUCAGAUUUCGGUCUGUUCUGCCAUGUCUCAUGGAUGAGAACGCUCAAACGGUGACUAAUCACCAAGCCAUUCAAAUCUCAAUGAGUCUGGCCGAGUCUCCAGUACACUCUUCUAGCAUUGAUGACUUUGCUGGGUUGCUUGAGAGAGAACUACAGUCCGGUUCUUUGGAGUCAUCACCAGGGGACGAAGAUGAAGAAGAUAAAGAAGCUGAUGGUGAUGGUGAUGGUGAUGGUGAUGAUGAUGAUGAUGGCAGUGAUGUUGAAACUGAGAGCAGG